UCUCGUCCCCCUUCCAGCUCCGUCCCAAGCCCCUUCCUGCCCUCAACGUCCAUGCGUUUGCCCACCGGGCCGCAGCUGAGUCGCUGGCGGUGGCUGCUGCAGCUCCAGGCGCCGGGCAUUCUGGUUCUACACCCGUGGGGGCUGCUCGCCGCUCUACUUCGUUCUCCCAGUCGCCUGCUGGACGGUGUCACGGCCUCGCACCACCGCUACUUGGACCGCGCGGCCGCCGCAGUCACGCAGAAUCCGGUGCUGUUCCCGAACGGCUUCUUCUCCGACGGGUGGGGGGACCUCAACACUUCGAAAAGGAUUCGCGAGCUGCUGCAGAGCCGACGCAUGAGCGACGUCGUGUCGCUGAAGGAGGGGGAACCUAGUUGGGGCUGCGUCAGGGAGCUGUCGGUGGCGAAGGUCGCGCUGAGAGAAGGCAGGUUCCAGAGCACGUUGGGUAACGCACAGCAGCUGCUACCAGAGCAGAGCCUGGAUGCGUUCUGUGAGCUCGUGACGCCGUUGGACUGGGAACGGGAGGACGGCGGAGUGCCCCACGGGGGGACGGAUAGACCUCUUGUGGUGCUGCUGCCGGGAACAGGAGAGCACGGGUUCUUGCACCGCAGGACGUCCAUUGCGAUUCCACUCGCCAAAAAGGGCGUUGCUACUCUGAUUCUGGAAGGACCUUUUUACGGGAAGCGCAAACCGCCUCAGCAGAAGGGCUCCAAGCUACGAAGAGUGAGCGAUCUGCCGAUUUUGGGGCAAGCCACGAUCGAGGAGGCCAAGUCAUUGUUGGAGCAUUUCCGUGACUAUCACGGCUACUCCCAACUGGUGAUUGCAGGCAGCAGCAUGGGCGGACUGCAUGCCGCUAUGGUCGCUUCAGUUUUCCCUGGAGACGUCGGCGCCACAGCUUGGCUAGCGCCACCUUCGGCUGUACCAGUAUUCGCUGAUGGAUUGCUGUCAGGAUCUUGCAACUGGCGCUCACUUUACAAACGCCAUGAGCUGCAGAUGCUGGACAAAAUGCUGGCUGGUCAGGCUGUGGCUGAGUCAUACGAAAAGCUGGCCACCGCUGGUGCUGAUACCGGAGCUGAGGAAUUGGAUACCUCUGAUGCGGAGCUGGAUCCAGUCCAGGAAGCGAAGAAGCGCAUGAGGCUAUUCCUCUCGAUCACGGACAUCGACAACUUCCUGCCACCUCGACGUUCGGACGCUGUCGUGUUCGUAUACGGCACGGAAGACGAGUACAUUGGCUUCACGGAGCCUCAGUGGGAGCGAAUGCGCGAGCAGUGGAAGCCUGCGCACUUCCGGACGAUCAAAACGGGCCACGUCAGUGGAAUUUUGCUGGAGCAGGAAGCCUAUCGCAAGACGAUUUUAGAGGUUGUGGACCUGCUAAAGGAGCGAGACGCAGCAGCCGAGUCCUCUUCCAAGUCUGCUGCCGUCGCAAUGUAA